GGUUUAUUUCCUAAUGUGUUGUGCAUUAUACAUUUUUGCAAUAGUGUGUACCUCCCGCUUUACCCUCACUCUUGUAUCUCACAUCGUAUGAGCAGAUGCUUCAUCAGUAUUGCGCUGUGCAGAAAUACUACGUUUAAAGAUUUCAGUUAAUAAAAUGUUUAAACGUAAAUAUAAACAAUAUUUGGACGACAGUACAGAGACAAUUCCACGAGUCACAAAAUAUAGAAGAAAACUGGAGUAAUGUAAACAACUUUCUUCUAAUGAGUAUCAUGAAUUGGAAACAACUAAAAAUGACAUUUGUCAAGAAGCAGAACAUAUUACGGAAAAUAAUGUACCUCAUUGUAGUAUCUCAUCACAUAAUGAUGUUGAAAGGAUUUCAGAUCAGAUGCGAAUAGUUCUGUGAGCUGUUCUGUGACAUAUUCCAAUCAAGAUUAGACUUGGAACAUAGAACACCAAAAAUGCAAGAUAAUAUUGCAAUGAAUAACGAAUAGAGUAAUAAUAAUAACAAUGAGGAUGAAGAUGAUCAUUAUAUUAAUUUCUAUUUCCCUGAAUUAGCAACAAGUUCAGUAAAUGAAACAUUAAGUGAGACAGACAGCAGUAGCAUUAUUGAAAAUACUAUAUUAAGAAAUAACAAUGAAGAACCUUCAAAAACAUUGCAAAACUAUGACUGCUUUGGAGACUUUAAUGGCAAAUUUAUCGAUGAAUGUAAUUCAUUUCUCAAGGAAUGUCUGUAAUUGCACAACGAAAACGCGUGGAGAAGCGCUAUUCAUGUGUCUAGUAUUAUGCCGUCGUCAUUCUUUAACUAUGACUGCAACUAUUGAUAUUUUAAAAAUGAUUAAUUUAAUUUUUGAUAAAAAAUGUAUGCUUCCCGAUAGUAAGUAUAAAGUAUCGAAAUAUUGUGAAAUAGAGGAUACUUUUAAAUAUCAUUUAUAUUGCCCUGUUUGUUUAAAAUAUUUAAAAAUGCUAACUAGAAUAGAAGCUGGAAAAAAAAUAUUUGCACGUGUGGUUCAGAAAUUGAAGAAUCGAGUACUAAUGUUUUUAUUACUUUGAAUUUUCAUGCUCAAUUGAAAAGUUUGUUAGAGGAUACAAACGUUAAAGAAAGUCUAAAGAGCAAAUAUCGUGGAAGAAAUAAUGGUUCUCUACAAGAUAUCUGCGAUGGUGCAAUGUAUAAAAAAUUAUGUAAACGCAAUAAACCUUUGAAUAAUAUGUGGAAUUUUUCUUAUACUUUCAAUACAGAUGGUUGUCAAGCUGCUAAUUCUAGUAAAGUUAGUAUUUGGCCUAUUUAUGCUACAUUAAACGAAUUACCUUAUAAAAUGAGAUCAAAAUACAUGAUGUUACUUGGUAUAUGGGUCAAUAAACGUGAAUCAAAUAUGCAAAUAUUUUUACAACCCUUUGUAAAGGAAGCAAAUUUUUUAUCUACUUAUGGUUUACAGUGGCAAUAUGAUAAAAAUACUAUAAUUACAAGCCGUAUUAUAUCAAUAUGUUGUUGUGUAGAUUCAGUUGCUCGACCAGCCAUGUUGAAUAUGAAACAGUUUAAUGGUCAUUAUGGUUGCACAUUUUGUGAACAUCCAACCGAAUAUGUAGAGGGUUAUCGAAAGUAUCCAGUUUCAACAAAUAUUUUUCCUAAUAGAACUAAUGUAUCUAUAAAGCAAAAUAUGAUUACUGCACAUGCAACUUCGAUUCCCAUAAAAGGUGUGAAAGGACCUUCUCCAUUAAUGAGUUUAAAAUAUUUCGAUUUGGUUAAUGGAAUGGUUCCUGAUUACAUGCAUUCAGUAUUGUUAGGAGUUACUAAACAAUUAACGGAAAUGUACUUCUCUUACCCCGGGAAAAAAUUUUAUGUAGGACAGCCAAAUAUGUUUGAAACCAUUAAUAAUCGAUUGUUGCAUAUAAGACCACCAAAGAAUAUAACACGUCAACCGAGAAGUUUACAUGAACGGUCAUUAUGGAAAGCUUCUGAAUGGAGAUCAUGGCUGAUGUGGUAUUCUUUAGUAUGUUUAUAUGGUAUAUUACCAAAAAAAUAUGUAGCACAUCUUGCACAGUUAGUCUGUGCAAUUCAUACCUUUUUUACAAAAAUCCAUUUCAAUCGACAUGAUACGAAAAGCAAAUUUACUGCUAAAAAAAUUUGUUAUUUUAUUUCAACAGUAUUUUGGGAAACGUGCAAUGACGUACAAUGUCCAUCUCUUACUACAUCUUUCAAGCAGUGUAGAAAAUUGGGGACCGUUAUGGGCAAUAAAUACAUUUCCGUUUGAAAAUGAAAAUAGAUUAUUGGUGCAAAUGAAAAAAUCUCCUACACAUAUUGCAUUGCAAAUUUCACGCAGGUUCCUAUUGGAACAAUCUCUUAUAAAAUUGUCUAGAAAUGUUAAAAUUUGUAACGAAGUGCAAAAUUUUUGUAAUAAUACAUACAAAAGGAAAUUGAAAUUUAUUUCUAAUACGCAACGUUAUACUUUAAUUGGUUCCGGGGAAGAAUAUAUACUUAGCCCACAAGAAGCACAAUGUUUUCAAUAUAGAGUAGUAAAUUGUAAAUCAUAUACGAAAAUGAUAUAUAAUAACAUUCGUUUUACGACAGAACGUUAUACCAAAGCAAAAAAAAACAAACGAUUGUGUCGUUGAAAUUGAAAAUAAUUCUUUUGGUAUAAUUACCAAUAUUUGCAGCUAUAAGCAUAAUAAAGAAAUCAAAAUUAUAAUUUUCAUCAAAGAAAUAAUAUUAGAUCCUAAUCCUUUUAUUUUGACAAAUGAUGUUACGAUAACACAUAUACGAAAGUGCUUGAUUAAUAAAUGUCCUCUACGAGCUAUUAAUCCUCACUCUUUAUUAGGACAAUGUAUUUUGACAAACAUCGAUAAUAUGCACUAUAUAUGUACUAUUCCACAAGGUUGUUUCGGUGAUUAAA